AUGGGUAAUAAAUCCUCAAAAUCUAGGCCAACAAAUAUAUUAAGAUCUCGAAAACCUUCCAAAAAUACUUUUCGAUACUUUGACGGUAGAAGAUUCCAUAACGAUGCAAAUUCAAAAUACAUAAUGCCAAAUGAUGACGAAGAAGUUGACAGACUUCAAAUACAGCAUUUUCUUUACCGUAACAUAUGGAAUGGUAAUUAUUCGGCUCCAGUAAAAGAGCUUCUCGAACGUGGCAAUUGUAAAGUUCUUGACUCAACGACAUAUCAAAAAUCCACAUUCACUGGCAUAGAUAUUUCUCAAAUAUUUCCGACUGGUAUCAAACCUCCAAACUUAACUUUCCACACAGCAAAUGUCUUAAAAGGCCUACCGUUUCCUGACAAUCAUUUCGAUUUCGUAUACAUGCGAAACCUAAUAAUAGCAUUUACCGAGGACGAAUGGAAUACAGUAAUUGGUGAAUUGAUCAGAGUAUUGAAACCCGGAGGGUGGAUAGAGUUAAUGGAAGGCAAUAUGGAAUUUGAAGGGGAAGGUGCUUGCGCACAAGUUUUGUUGGGUGCUUUUAGAUCAAUACUUGUUUCAAAUUCUAUGAAUCCACGAAUCUGUUCUCAAAUUUAUACAUUCCUUUCAACCUCACCUUUGCUAAGAAAUUUUUCAUUUGAAGAAAAAUUAUUACCACUCGGCAAAUGGGCUGGUAAAAUUGGUGAAAUUGCAGGUCAGGAUUUUUGUUCUCUAUUAUUAGCAGUGAGAGGUGCAGUAUGUCGCGUACUUGAAAAUGAGAAAGUGAUCAGAGGUUGUAGUUGUGGUAUUAGGGUGUGUCAUGCCGGAAAUGAGAUUUUUGAUAAGGAUGGUAAAAAUAUGUGUGAUUAUGAAAAUAGAUGGAAUGAAGAGUAUGGUGAUCUAGUUAAGGAAAUUGUUAGAGAAUGUGAUGAAGAAAAAGCAAAUUAUAGACAUUAUAGAUUUUUUGCUCAAAAAAUUUAA